CGUGACGCAGUGGCGUAAUCUUUUGCGGCCUGUCUGUUGCUUUGCAAUUCGUUCACACAAACGGGCUCGUAAAAUGGCGAGGUGCAGUUGUUAUUUACUUACGUGGAAUAUAACGAGAAAACUUUGAAACAAAUUAAAUAUAUUAAUUAUUAGUAGCUUAAUAAAAAUAGUGCACCAUAAUCGUCGUAUACGGACAUUCGUCGUAUUGUGCACAUUCUAGAAACUACAUUCUACAGAAAUGAUAUUAAUGGACUGGUAUAUUCUGGCACAGUAGCAGCAGUCCAAUACUGAUCUACAUUGAUUGAGAAAAGAUUGUAUUGCGAGCAGUAAAAUCUUGUGUAAUAUGGCACAAUAUUAUAACUUUGUGACCAAUGCCAGUGGUACAUUAACACUUGAGGAAGUACAGAGAAUUUGCUCUGUAGAAGGGCAACAUGUUCAAUUAGUUGAGGAUGUAAAUAAUGGUGGUAAUGGUUCACAACAAUUUUUGGCUUAUACUGGUGCCCAACAAAACAGUGAGCAAACAAUAUUUUGCCAGCAAACUAUUAACUUAGGGAGUCAAAUCUCCACACCGCAAUUGGAACAAGGGCAAAACGUAUUCAUAAUUAAAACAAAUGAAACAUCCCCAUCUCAAAGUAUAUUAAAGCCUAAUACAGUUAAAGUACAUACGGCACCAGAAAAUAUAGUAGGUGUUGUGGAUAAGAGAGCCAUUAAACCAUCAGUGGAAUGUAAUAAUGAUAAUCAACAGAUACAAUGGGUGAAGAUGCAAGAAAAUAGUAUUAAUGUAGAUGCAGUUUCAAAACAAAAUACUCUUUUACCAGAAAAGAGUCAAACUGCUAUUUUAAAUAAGAGCCAGCCACAAAAUAAUAUAACUAUACCUUUAACUCUACAUGGAAAUACUGAACCGCAGGUUUAUACUCCUGAAUCUGCAGAAAAGAAGUCAGUUAAACUAUAUCAAAAUAAAAAUCGAUUUUCGGCAAAUAAUAUACAAACAGUUUCUCCAUCCAUUCCUUCUGAUGGUUUAAACUUAACAGAUACUGCAUCAAAUCGAAUACAACAACGUUAUUAUGUACCAAACGUUAAAGUAACUUCUCCUUCAUUCCAUAAUAAAACAGUUAAUACAAGUGGACAGAAUGUAACUACAACACUUACGCGACAAGUUCGUACUUCUUUUAUUCAAGUAUCUCCAACACGACCUACAGUUCCUACUCAGAUGUCUAAAAAUCCAUUGAGAUUACAACAUCCAGAAAUGGAACAUUUAAGUCAAAGGAUAAAACAAGCAAAAUUACGACAGUUGCAAAACGACCAACGUUCGCAACAAAAUAUGAGAAAGAAUCAAGUAUCCAAUAUGUCACAAAAGCCUGUACAAAAUAUUGCAACUAAUUCAUUACAACAUCAACAAGUAGCAAAUGUAAUACAACAAAAGCAGUUACAAAAUAUUACAACACAGUUUCAACAAUUACAGAAACAAUCGUCAGUUGGUACUAUAGAACAAAAAAAUCUACAUCAGUUACAAUCUCAACUUUCCUCACAUUCGCACAAUAUGCAAACAAAUUCGGAUGUUGAUUCUGAUUGUAUUUUACAAGAAAGAGGUAUUCUAAAACAACAGUCUUCUCCAUCUCAAACAGAUUCAGAAGGUGGUGCAAGUGAAAGCAUUGCAUAUCUACAAAAAGUUAUUGGUAAUCCUUCAACUACUAUAGUACAGCGUCAAAUACAAGGCAAUACUGCAAAAAUGUUGGUAAUCUUACCUAAUGGUGAACAAAGAUUAAUCACAUUUGAUAUAUCUAAUGAUGAUUGUACUGUGCAAGAUCUUCUGGAACAGGCAAACAUUACAUUUGGUGGUGAGACUGCUGUAUGCUUAGUCUUGGAUUCUACUUUGGGUAUAAAUUACAUUGUAGAAGCAGGACCAGGUACAAGUGCCAUAUUGAAUGAAAUUCAUGAGCACGACAGCAACACAUCACAGGAUAGUGCAUCUAUCGGAUCACGCAAUACUUCUCGCUCUAUUAGUUCACCUGAUGAAAAUAGCAAUCCUAUAUGUCAGAAUGAGGAGGCUAUAUACAUCGAGGGAAAGCUUGCACUGUGUCCAAACUGUGGUAUUAGCUCAUUAGACUUCAACCGAUGUCAACGAUGUUUGAAAAAAUUACCAGAGGAUGUGAAGACGAUACCUAUGACUGUGGGUAUACAAGAAAAGAAGGAGAACAUGCUGUCUGUCAAUACGUUUUAUAAGAAAAACAAUGAACGAAAUUCUUCAGCAAAAUUGGAGAAAUUAGAACGCGAUGGAUCUGCUUAUAAACGUGGUAGAGGAAGAGGAAGAGGUUUCACAUCGAGGACGAAACUUAUUAACAAAGAACCAGAAUGUUUAACUAUAUCAUCAGAUGAGGAUGAAGAGGGGAAAACUAGAAAAGUAGAUGGUGUUAACACUAGUGCAGUUUCAAGUAACGCAAGUAAUAAUUUUACCGAAGAAAUGGAGACAAUCCUUGAUAAAGAACCAGUAAUUACAAACAACUCUGUUUCUAGCACAAAUAUUGAUUUUUCACCAAGCAACGAAGAAUGUACUGAAGGCGGAAGUAUAAGAUGUGAAGAUCAGAAUUUUACAGAUAGUUCUAUACAAAAUAUACAUGCUGCUAUUUUGUGUCGGACAGUCAGAAUAGGAUCAUAUAAAUAUAUCCCACCAGAGAAAGUACUAAUAUCUCCAAGUGGAAUAAGAUUUGGAAUACCUUUAUUAGAAGAUGAUACAAGUUUUGUUACAUUGGACGUUAAAAUACAAGAUUUAGUAAAGGUUCUGGUACAUUUUGGAAAAUCUAUGCCAGUUAUUUUCUUUUAUACGACUACAAGUACAGGUGCAAUGAUUCGCGAAUUAUUAGGAAUGCAAGAUCCAAAAGGGCCAUAUUAUGAUCCAGCUGGUAAAGAUCAUACACAUAGACGGAUUACUUUACUGCCGGAAAAGAUAUCGGACGAAUCAAAAGUCGCAUUAAAAAAUAUAUUCAUGGUAAAAAAAGGCUUGUUCGAAGAAUUAAAUCCAAAAGAAGCAAAUGAUAUUUUAGUGCGAGCAUCACCGAAAGAUAAUUCAUUAGUUCAAGGUCUUACUAGAAGGUACAGUCAAACAUCACUUUCAAAUGUAUCUACUGUAAACGGUGGAAUACAAACAAUAACAGUAUAUCCACCACCUCCUGCAAAAGGUGGUAUAGCCAUAAAUACUGAGGAUUACUUAUGUCUUGGGGAGGAUCAGUUUUUAAAUGAUGUUAUUAUUGAUUUUUAUUUGAAGUAUUUAACAUUGGAAGUGUUAUCAGAAACAGAUCAACAUAGAACACAUGUAUUUAGUUCAUACUUUUAUAAACGCUUAACAAGUCCUCAUGCUCAAGCUGGUGAAAGUGCAAUUCCUCUUUCUGCAGCUGCUAAAAGACAUGCAAGAGUGCAGAAAUGGACUAAAAAUGUUAAUAUAUUUGAAAAGGAUUUUAUAGUGAUUCCUAUCAAUGAACAUGCUCAUUGGUUUUUGGCGAUUAUUUGUUUCCCUGGAUUAGUGGGGAAAGUUUCUAUAAAUCCUAAGACUACUAAAGAAGAAGAUGUUCAUAAAACUGUUCAGAAGAGUAAAAAAAUGAAGGAUCUUAAAAUUCAAGCUGUGACAAUUGGAACAACUACGAUAACUCCAGUAACAACUACGAUAACAAUAGAUCAAGGAGACGAUGGCUCGGAAAGAGAUGAAGCAGAAGGUGACGAUGAAGAAAUGGAAAUGGAUAGUGAUGAUGAAGAUGAAACUGAAGAACAGGAGAACAAUAAAAGCCAAGAAACAGAUCAUGCUAUACAAAAUAUAAAUUCUGUAAAAGUUCCCUGCAUAUUGAUAUUUGAUUCUCUUGCGGGUGCUAGUAGAUGUCGUGUUGUUGCUACAUUAAGAGAUUAUUUAAGUUGCGAACAUGUUGCUAAAAUGGGAAUUGAAAAGACAUUUUCAAAAGAUACUAUUAAGGGAGCAUCUCCGAAAGUUCCUCAACAAUCAAAUUUUACUGAUUGCGGCCUAUAUGUAUUACAAUACGUGGAGAGCUUCUUUAAGGAUCCUAUUAAAGAUUAUACAUUACCGAUAAAAACAUUAAAAAAUUGGUUUGAAGAAAUAAUUGUUACAAGAAAACGCGAGGAAAUAUCAAAGUUAUUAACUAAAUUAAUGAACGCUACGAAAGGCGAUAAAAAUAUUACAUUGCCUGUUGUUAUCUUUCCUACGCACGAUGGAAAGUUGAAACCAAAAGCUGAAAAUCAUGUUGAAAUAAAACCGGUGAAGACAGAUUUAGAAGUAAAAAAAAAGCCUAUAUCAGAGACAGAAACAACGCCCCGCGCGGCUAAUAACACGGUAUCAGCUCAAGCAGAAAACGCAGAAUCAAGUAACGAGGUAGCAAAUAAAACUACCUAUCAGAUCAUUCCUUUUUCACCAUGUACAAGUUCUUCUAGCUCGACUGAUACUACCAAUUCGACGGAAAUGUUAAUUGAUUCAAAAAUUCACACGAGGUUGGUUGAAAAUAUCGUCGCUUUAGUUGUAUCCACGUGUUACAUUAUAUUGACGAGUUUAAUCGCAUAUUGGAUGAGAAGAUAUGUCAAUUAUUACAUAAAGGAACCUUUGAUACAAGCAUUGUUUCUCGAGGGAAUAGCAACAGCUGAAUUAUGCGGUGCCUGUUUUGAAUUGAUUAUAAUUGCAGAUAAUUGGGGAGUAUCCAUGUAUGCGAUAUAUUUAUUUGUUUUAACGAUUUGGUGGAGUUUAAAUUGGGGCGAUGCCAGUGCCUGUCCUUAUACGCAUAUCGAAGAAGCAGUCGAAGGAAAUAAAUCUUUACGCACAGCCUUUCUCUUGAUAUGGGCAGAACUUAUUGGUGGUCUCGUUGUAUUUAGAUAUAUACAAUUGUUGUGGGCGUUAGAGAUCGUACCUACUCACAAAAAUAAAGCUUUUGAAGAUUGCACCACGGAUUUGCAGGUGCCUGUUAUAUUCGGUGCAUUUAUAGAAUGCAUAGCAACGUGUAUAUGCAGAGUAGUAUCUCGUGGAUUAAGCAACCUGAAUUCAAUCUUCGGUACCAUUAUUGAUUCUUUCAUUGGAACUUCUUUAGUAGUCGCAGCAUUCAAUUAUUCCGGCGGUUACUUCAAUCCUGCUUUGGCUACAUCAUUGAAAUAUGGUUGUUUAGGAACUUCUUUUAUGGAACAUGUAAUCGUUUAUUGGGUAGGAGCUUGUGCAGGUUCUAUCGCCUCUGUGAGGAUAUACAACAUGCCUUUUAUCCAAAAUUUUAUAAAUCGAGGAAAGGAGAAAGCUUCUUAAGAAAAAUAUUCUCAAGGGAUUUACCGAGCAUCGUUUCCUUUCUUUCUUUUUUUUUUUUUUUUUUUUUAAUUCUUAAUUUUUAAUUUUGUGUUCAUUCGCGUUGAAUAUUACCUCGACAUUAAUAUUUCUCAACUUUUUCCCUGUAUAACAUUAAAGUUUAAAUUUAGAAGGAUUGAAAAAGUUAAGACAAGCGAACGUAAAAAGAAAAAACGCACAAAUUUUAUUAUUGAAAACGUAUCUAAUAUAUAAUGUAAUAAUAAUUAAUUUCGAGUGUACAAAUUAAAUUUUACAAAUCUUUAAUUUCACAAAUCCAUGCAGCACGAAUUUAUCGAAUGAUGGAAAAAAUAAAAAUUCGAUUUUGUAAAUGUAUUGUGAAUAUAGUAAGUAAGAUAUACCCCAAGUAACAUAUACCCCGAACACCUAGACACAAAAUAUUUUUUUUUUAAGCAAAGAGGUCAACAGGAAGGAAUAUAAACGCAACAAUUUUUGAUUUAUAUAUAUAUAUAUAUAUAUAUAUAUAAUAUUGUCCAAUUAGAAUGCGAUUUAUUACGUAAUACAAUAUGACUUUUAUUUAUAACAAAAGUCGAUAUAUUAUUUAUUAAUAAUAAAUUAAAGUCGAACUAUAUAUCGACAUAAGUUUACUGUAA